AUCCGGACGAUUUUACGAACAGACAUGGCUUUCAAGUUCAUCAUCCUCUCAGCUUUCGUGGCUGCGGUCGCCAACGCCGGCGCCAUCCCCCUGGCCUACCAGACGCACGCCGUGGCGGCAGCUCCUCUGGCCGUCCACACCAAGAUCGUCGACGCCGACCACGACCCGCAUCCCCAGUACAACUUCGCCUACGACGUGCACGACUCGCACACCGGCGACAUCAAGAGCCAGCACGAGGAGCGCGAUGGUGACGUCGUCCACGGCAGCUACUCCCUCGUCGACCCCGACGGCACCAAGCGAACCGUCGACUACACCGCCGACCCCCACAACGGAUUCAACGCCGUCGUCCGCAAGGAACCACUCGCCCACCACGUGGUCAAGACCAUCGCUGCUGCUCCAGUAGUCAAGGCCGUCCACGCAGCUCCGGCUGUAGCCUACCACGCCGCAGCUCCGGCCGUCGCCUACCACGCCGCUGCUCCGGCCGUUCACGCUUACCACGCCGCUGCGCCUGCUGCCUACUAUCAGACAGCUCACUACGCUCAUCACGAGCCCCUGGCUUAUGCCGCUCCCGCUACCUACGCUUACCACCAUUAAGCGAUAGUCGAUAGUGGAUAUAGGUCUGAUUGCGAGUGUAAAUGUUACGAUUCGAGCGCGUGUUGUAUGAAAAAGACCUUUCCCGUGAAGAAAACCGUUGUGACUACCGAGUUUUCUUUAUGGAUGAUGUUUUUGAUAUAUUAUAAUAAAUAAUUACGAUUAU